AAGUACCCGAACAAGUCUCAUUCUCGUCCAAUUUACAUCCCUCGAACUUACCCUCCUGUCGUUCCAUCGGGGUCAGGGGAGGGAUGGGUGUCAUCCUUUUCUCCUCGAAACCAGAAAUGGUAGAAAUGUGACUGAAAAUUUUUCUGUAUUUGGUUCUCGAAAUGGGAAAGCACGUCAUUGUAGCUGUAGAGAGUAGCUGUCUAGUAGCACGCUUUUGAGCAACUUCAAACGGACCGAUGGUUAGCUACCUGCAAUACAAUUUCCGUUUCUGUGCUCUAUCAUAUGGGGCAGAGAGAGGAGUAAGCCAUUUCUUCUCAUGUGUGAGAAAAUAUCGAACUUUCAGAGAGGAUGAAGAAAGCCAAACUGUCGACAAGGAGGCCAAGAAGCACCAGACAGAGACGUGGACAACCGUCCAUGAUCGGUGGUGUUCAAGGCAAUGAAGAGGAGGAGGACCCGAUUAAGAAAGAGGAAACACCAUCACCAUCGCCGCCUCCUUCUCCGGUAUUUUUUGUAGGUCCAUGGGGUCCCGGGACCCGUGGGACCCUUAGUGGGUCCGCCACUGAGCACAAGUAACUGGAUUGCCUUCUCAGGUACUGCAAUCAAGCUUGCUACUUUGUUUUGCCUUUAGUGGGAUAGUGUUGUAAUACUAUGAAAUGUUCUAUAUGAUACAUAAAACUACCUCUUGUUCGAAUAUAGGGACCCCAUUUUGAAUAUCCUGUGUCUUCUGUUUGAUCACUAUUUACUUUUUUUUAAUGUCUAAUUUUCUAAAAGGAGGCUUGAGGCACCGGUCACGGUGUUGUCGUGUGACCAAGAGGUCACAAAUUUAACUCUUCUUGAGAGCUGCCUCUUGUCAAAAUGACAUGAGAAGGCUUGCCUCUUAUACACCCUUGUUGGGACCCUUUCCUGGACUCUCGCCUUGGAGGGAUGCCAAUGUGCAUUGAGCUUCCCUUUUUGUAUUCUCUAACUUUUUGCAUCAAAAUUGUUGGCAUGUUUGCGACUCAAUAGAACUUUUAUUCUAGAGAUAAGGGUCAGAUUGAUCCUCGAAGUUGGUAAAAAAGGAUCAAAUAAGUCUAUAUAUAAGAGACUCUGUCUGGCCGUUGCCUUUCGGGGCGGUUCCCGGUGGAAUUUUUUGAUGAAAUUUUUUGAGCAUCUUAUUCAUUAAGUCUAGUUUACUCAUACCAAAUUUCACCUAAAACUUCAAUCGAGAAGGCAUUCAAACGAAGUCUUUAAGAUAACUGCGCAGUUACCUUCAAGAAUUCAUUUGAAUGUCUUCCCAAUUGAAGUUUUAGCUGAAAUUUGGUAUGAGUAAACUAGACUUAAUGAAUAAGAUGCUCAAAAACUAUCAUAAAAAAUUCCAUCGGGAAUCUCCCCAAAUGGCGACGGCCAGACAGUAAGGACUCUUUUAUUGUAUUUUCUUAAUAUUUAAAUUUUAAUUAUUGAUAACAAUACAUUUAUUAUAACUGCAUUCUAAUUUUGUAAUCUAAAAUAGGAUAUACACAUAAAUUGGGCCAGAGUGGGUAUUUAAUAGUUUAUAUCAAUAAUAUUUGGUCCGAAACACUUAUAUUCUAAAAUAAUACUACCUCCAUUUUUAUUAAUGGCAAAAAUUGUUUUUUUGCAAUGUUCGCAUGAUUUUUAUAGUAUAUUAAGGAGUACUUUUUAAUUCAUUGAGAAAUGAUAUUAAGAAAUAGUAUUACUAAAUCUGUAUCAAUGUAAAUUUCCAAAAUAUCAUCUUUUUAGUCAAGUAUAUUAAUUAUCAAAGUUAUGAAGUGAGGAUGGCGAGGAAGAAAGAUUAAUGAAAAUUAGUGGUCAAAGUGAGUGGAUGAUGACUUAAAAAAGUCAAAUUGGGACGUAUGGAAGGUAUUCUUUUCCAACAUUCAAAUUUCGGUUUUUCAAGAAUGCCCAGGGCCUGCUGGCUAUAGAAUAUGUGAAUGCCUCCAACAUGCCUAGUGAAUUUGCAAAUGCCUAUGAAGUGAAUCAUCCAACAAGUAAUUCUACUGCCAGUGAACAAAAACCCAACACUGACGAGAGAGCUACUGCUUCUGCUACUGUUCAUCCAACCCGAUCUGAAACUCUUCACCUCACAGAGAUACUGCUUGCCGGAGCUGAUGAUGAUAUGGACGAUGCAAUCUCAACCCAAAAUUCUUUGACAGAAAAUGUUGGUGGAUAUAAAGUGAGGGUGGAAAUUGCACCUCUUGCCAAGCAAAUCUUUACGAGAUAUGGUGAUAUUGUGAAAGAAAGCAUAUUCAAAUCAGUUGAGUAUCGUUCUUCGGUGCUGGAGACGGUUUGCAACAUUUGUCAAAGAUUGAGGUCAACAAAAUUUCCAGAUCUGACGUGUCAGGAGCUUCAAUCCAUGCUCAAUGUUGGUAAUGAUCUUGAACCUGUCAAGGUAGACAUCGGAUGGCUUCAUGGCCGGUUGAAGGAAACUUUUGAAGCAAAAGAGUUCAAGAAAGGUUUCCCCAGCCUAGUGGAAUCAAGGACCAAGACUCUCCAAGGGAUUGAAGAAACGAAGAAAACAUGGGCGGACACCAAAGAGGAAUAUGAAGCUUGCAUGGAGAGAUGCCGAAUACUCCAAGAGAGACUCAAGAAGCUUGAAGAUGAUGUUGGCACUGCACAUGUUCAGAUGGAGGAAAUCAAUGCAAGUUAUUCAAAUACCAAGGAGAAACUGAGAUGUUUCUACACGCGUUCUCUGCUGCAUGGCAUUCUUUGAUCUUCACUGUUAAAGACUUUUAUGUAACAUUCCAAUCUUCCCUUCAGAUAUUAUGAACCACUUUCCUGGAUAUCAGUCAUGCACUUGGUAAGCAAUUUGCAAUAUCAUGCUAACAUGCAGAUGAGCCAUUGGGCUACUUGCCUGCUUCUAAAUUCAUGAAUUGGCUAAUGUCUUUUUUCUAUAAUCA